CCUCUCUUAGCCUUUCCCAAUUGUUAUUCCUCCUGGUAGACAAUUCAUCUCCUUAAGCCUUAAACAAACGAGACCCACAGCAUUACAACAUACAGGGACACAAAACCCUCCUUCACAUCACAAAAAAUGCGCCCGCUAGACGAGGCCGAAACGACCGCCGUUUUCGAAAAGCUCUUCAAGUUCACUGGCAAUAACCUCAAGAAUAUCGUCGAAAACCCAUCUCACGAGGGUCCUGACUCGAACCCGGGUCGAUAUUGUUUCCGGCUCCAUAAGAACCGUGUCUAUUACGUCAGCGAGUCCCUCGUCAAACGCGCCACGAACAUCGCAAGACCAAAUCUGGUCUCUCUCGGCACGUGCAUCGGCAAGUUCACGCACAGCGGCAAGUUUCACCUCACAAUACAGGCGCUGAAUUUGGUUGCGGCAAAUGCAAGACAUAAAGUAUGGAUAAAACCCACAUCCGAGAUGUCGUUUUUGUACGGCAACCACGUAUUGAAAGGCGGGUUAGGGAGGAUAACAGACAGUAUUGCCCCAGGUGAUGGAGUGGUGGUGUUUUCGAUGUCUGACGUGGCGUUAGGAUUUGGCGUAGCGGCGAAGAGUACACAGGAUUGUCGGAAACUGGACCCCAAUGGGAUUGUGGUUCUGCAUCAGGCUGAUAUUGGAGAGUAUUUGAGGAUGGAGGAUGAACUCUGAAGAGAAUUUAGGUUUUUUUUUGGGGGAAGUUUUUUAGUGGUCUUGUAAGUGGAGUUAUUAAUUAUGAGCGGUUUGAUUGUUAGAUUGUCAUUGUUGUUGAAUUAUAAUGAACUCGGGUUAUGUUUAAUAUCAAAUGCAUGCUAUACUGAAUUUAGUAUA